CUUCAAAGUCUAUAAAAGAUCUGCGGUCUUCAACCAAAACCUAUAGUAGAUGUCUUCAUUUCGUUUGGUUCGUUCGUUCCUUCGUUAUUGUUUGAUCGCCUUCGGUCUAAAAGGAAAAACUCGCGUGUGCCGGUUUACCAACAACAUUUUUUGAGUGCAAAAGUGAUUUAUUUUAAUUAACGUUUUUACUAAGAAGAAAAACAAAAAUAAGAAAUAAAAGAAAUUUACGGGUUUUUCGUGUUGAAAAGUUGUCUCACGCUCGCUGGCUGUGAAACAUUUCGCAUUCGCAUGCAUUUGGGGAAAACUGUCGAAAGUUUUUCCAACUGAAGGUCACAACAGUUAACCCUAAUGACGUUUCGCAUCGAUUUAACUGUCAAUAAUUGGAUCAUGUCAAAAAUGUGGAGUACUUCAUUAGUUAUGGUUUUAAUCGUUGGCGCUGCUGUAAACGUUGAUUGCGCCAAAAACGUGACCAAACGUAGCAUACGCAACACAGUGGAAUGCCAUGAAGAUGGACGUUUCUACAGAGACCCGGACAGGCCGGUUCAUAAGAUCUGGACAAAUUCGGAAUGCUCCAAGUAUUACUUGUGUCUGGAAAAAGAGGUAUUUGAAUUCAAGUGCUCCGAGGGGCUGCUAUUCGAUGUGGUGCGACAAAUUUGCGACUUUAAGCAAAAUGUUGAUAAUUGUGAUGUAACUGCCGAGGCUCGAGUACCUAAGCCUCUUCUGGCUGAUGCCGAUUGUCAAGAUGAUAGCCAACUGGGAUGUGCCGAUGGCACUUGUCUACCAAAUGAGUACUUCUGUGAUGGAUCAGUUGAUUGCCCUGAUGGAUCAGAUGAGGGUUGGUGCGAUGUUGACAGUGAUCCGAAUGCAGCUGAUGCUUGUGAUCCUUCUGCAUGCAAGCUACCUGAUUGCCAUUGCUCUAAGGAUGGAACAAUUAUUCCCGGUCGUUUGGAUCCACAUCAGGUUCCACAGAUGAUUCUAUUGACAUUCGACGAUGCUGUAAAUUUUGACAAUUGGGAACUAUUUUCGAAAGUUAUUUUCACCCAAAAUCGCAAGAACCCGAAUGGUUGUCCCAUAAAGGGCACGUUUUAUGUAUCCCAUCAAUAUACGAACUAUCAGUUCGUCCAAAAACUAUGGAAUGACGAUCAUGAGAUUGCAGUUCAUUCUGUUACACAUCGUGGUCCAGAAUUGUGGUGGUCCAAGAAUGCCACCAUCGAAGAUUGGUUCGAUGAGAUGGUUGGCCAAGCGAAUAUCAUAAAUAAAUUUGGUGCCGUUCGCAUGGAAGAGAUUCGUGGAGUGCGUGUUCCAUUUCUGCGAGUUGGCUGGAAUCGUCAAUUCCUAAUGAUGAAAGAGUUUGGUUUCAUCUUCGACUCCUCCAUGGUUGCACCAUUCACGAAUCCACCUCUCUGGCCAUACACACUGGAUUACAAAAUGCCCCACAGUUGCACCGGAAUGAACCAAAACUGCCCCUCGAGAAGCUAUCCGGGCAUCUGGGAGAUGGUUAUGAAUCAAUUGGAAGCUGGCGAGUACACCUGUGGCAUGGUAGACAGCUGUCCUCCACAUUUGAGUGGAGAGGAUAUCUAUCGCAUGCUAACCCACAACUUCAAACGCCACUACUUGAGUAAUCGAGCUCCAUUUGGAUUGUUCUUCCAUUCGACUUGGUUCAAGAAAAUCGACUAUCUCGAUGCGUUCUUGAAAUUCCUUGAUGACCUACAAAAGCUGCCUGACGUGUACUUCGUUACAAAUCAUCAAGCCAUUCAGUGGAUGCGUCAUCCGACGCCCAUAAAUCAACUCCAUCAAUUCGAUGCCUGGCACUGCAAGUCCAAGUCUCUCGAACCGCAUGAGGUUGUGUGCAACAUUCCCAACACCUGCAAGCUUCGUAGUAGGGUCCUGCAGCAGGACCGUUACUUCUACACGUGCAAGGAAUGUCCACCACAGUACCCAUGGCUACGAAAUGAGUUCGGUCUCGAUUAAUCGACCAAGGCCGCGAAUAAUUUACUUUUAUACCUAUCUAGAUAGAUAAUUAUUAAUUUAUUUAUUUUUCAUUCUUAAUCUAAGCGGAAUUACAGUUAUUUUUAACGUG